AAGCUCCUUAAAUUCUACCGGCUUCCGGAUACUGCAUGAAAUACCUGUCGUGCUCUAGUUCGUUCGAAAUGCUAGAAGAAUGCGACGUGUGUGUCGACUGAAAUAUACUGAAUCAAGAAGGUUGUUUAUAGACCGAAAAUCCUAUAGAAGAUAAGAGCAACGACAGUGAUCAGCCGCGGUAGGCAUAGCUCGUGCUGGGUGCGUUAUAUAAAUAAAAUAUGUCCGAAACAUAAUUUAUCAAUAUCCUUUACAGCAACGUAAUAUUACACUUCGCAGGUCAGUUAAAACAAGAAUAACGUGUUACACUUCCCCUAAAAUGAUACGCUGCGUGUGUCUUGUACUUUUUAGACUCAUUAGGACUCCGUCUAUCCCCUGAUUAAACUAGAACAGAAUGGGGGCCAUAGUAGUGGUGAGCUGUAUCCUGGUGUUUAUCCUGGUGGAUGUCAUUGUCACCACAGUCCUUUACUUACAUGGCUCCCAGGUUGCAAUAUUUACAGAUGAUCUGCAGAACUUUGACAUUCUACACUCUGUCUUGGACCUUUGGGGUACUGUAUUGGUCAGAGUCUGUCUUCUGCUGGGUGCGUCUGUUGGGGUGUUAUGGAACAGAGUGGACGGCCCAAGUAGGGUCUCUGCCUUGUGGACCCCGAUGCUCCUCGUCUGCCUUACUAUUAGCACAUUUGCCUUAGCAAAGCUGCUGAUUCUGUCAGAGCAGGGCGAUCUAGCGCUCCAACCCUGGUUCCUCUCCCUGUUCUCCUGGACAUAUGUGUCAGCAGUGGGGACCGUGCUCCUCUUGAAACAACUCAGAAGGUCCAACAAUGGGACUAAUGAAGAAAGAGGUGGGGUUGGAGGAGAGGGGAGUGAGGAGACGGAGAGGCUGGUAGAGACAUCAGGAGAGAAUUGCCCUGAGGAGGUGGAGGAUCAGGGAGGGGAGCAUGGGGAGAAGAGGAGGAAGAAAGGAACUCAGGAUCCGACAAACUCGGGGGCUACCCUGUGUCGACUGCUGGCCUACUGCAGUAAAGAUGCUGCGCUGCUCUCUGUAGCCUUCCUCUUCCUUCUGAUCUCUGCUGUGUGUGAGGCUUUCAUACCCUACUACACUGGGCUGGCUAUAGAUGGCAUUGUUAUUCACAAGAGUAUGGAGUACUUCACCAAGCCUCUUAUUACUCUCACUGUAUUGUCCUUAGCCAGCUCUAUAGCUGUUGGGAUACGAGGUGGCGUCUUUACUUUAACCAUUGCCAGACUGAAUCUUCGUCUGCGGAAUCUUCUUUUCAAAUCCUUGAUGGGUCAGGAGAUAGGCUUCUUUGACGCUAACCACACAGGUAACAUCACCUCUCGCCUUACUUCUGAUACUACUCAAGUGAGUGACCUUAUCUCUCUGAAUGUGAACCUUUUUCUGAGGAGUAUGGUUAAGAGCAUCGGGUUCUUCAUCUUCAUGUUUGGGAUAUCCUGGAAGCUUACCCUGGUCACCAUCAUGGGAUUCCCCUUCAUUGCGCUUCUCUCCAAAGUGUAUGGGGAGUACUACAAGAGGCUGACCAAAGACGUCCAGACUGCCCUAGCUCAGGCCAACCAAGUGGCCGAGGAGACCAUUUCAGCCAUGAAGACAGUACGCAGCUUUGCAAAUGAGGAGCAGGAGGCAGAUACUUACAACAGCAGGCUGCUGGUCAUGUUUCAGCUGAACAAGAAGCAAGCAUUGGCCUAUGCCCUCUACAUGUGGUCCAGUAAUAUCUCAGAACUUGUCCUUCAAGUGGCAGUUCUCUUCUACGGUGGUCACCUGGUUGUUACAGAACAGAUGAGUGGAGGGAGCCUGAUAUCCUUUAUCAUAUAUGAGCUGGAGCUUGGAGAGUGCCUGGAGAGCAUAGCAUCAGUUUACACUGGCCUCAUGCAGGGCGUGGGAGCGGCUGAGAAAGUGUUUGAGUAUAUUGACAGGGAGCCCAAACACCCACAUGAUGGGAAAGACAUCCCCGACACCUGUGAAGGUCUGGUCGAGUUUAAAGAUGUUACGUUUUCCUACCCAACACGGCCCGAAACCAACAUUCUCAAGAGUGUGUCAUUUACGUUACGGCCUGGGGAGGUGACAGCUUUGGUGGGUCCGUCUGGCAGUGGGAAGAGCUCGUGUGUGGGUCUCCUAGAGAACUUUUACCCCCCACAAAAAGGCCAGGUUCUGCUGGACGGCCGGCCAGUACACACCUAUAAGCAUAACAUCCUCCAUUCACGGAUUGCACUAGUUGGCCAGGAGCCUGUCCUGUUUGCCCGUUCUGUAGAGCAGAACAUAACCUACGGCCUGACUGACAUCCCCAAGGAGGCUGUGGUUCAAGCUGCCACCAAGGCAAAUGCACAUGACUUCAUCACCGGUCUAACCCACAGCUACGACACAGGUGUGGGCGAGAAGGGGACCCAGUUGUCAGGGGGGCAGAAGCAGCGGGUGGCCAUUGCAAGGGCACUCAUCCGCAAUCCACAUGUUCUCAUCCUGGACGAGGCCACCAGUGCACUGGAUGCAGAGAGUGAACAUGUUGUCCAGCAAGCCCUAAACAACAUCAUGCGUCAGCAUACUGUUCUGGUGAUUGCCCACCGCCUCAGCACAGUGGAGAAAGCGGACAACAUUAUAGUCAUUGACCGUGGCUCUGUGAAAGAGCAGGGGGGACACAGUCAACUAAUGGCCAAGGGUGGCCUGUACUGCAAGCUUGUGCAAAGACAGAUGCUGGGCAUUGAGACAGGCACAGAAGUCCUCAACCCCCCAGAGGACAACUAUUUGUGGAAGUCUGAGGGACACAGUCAGCAGAAGCAGAGAGGCGGUGAUGGCAGCAGUGCCAGCGAGUCUGAAUGUGAAACACCACGCUACUGAGACAGCUUCCAUUGCUUUACUGGUAGCUGACACGGACUGACAGGCAUUUGUGGGCAUUAGUAGACUGAGGAGAGCCCCAAAUUCCACUUUACUUAUAAAGGGUUCAAACAUCUGCACAUUAGAUUGAAUCUGUUAAACUCAGAUCUUUUUUGCUGUCCAGAAACUUUAAUAAUAAUCACUGAGACGUUUCUGUUAUUGUGAGUUGAAAGUUGUGAGUAUAGGGAGUUGGUAGCACUUUUACCAGCCUUGAGGAACAUGAAUGUCAGACACUUUUAUCAUUUAUCAGGGUUAUUUAUACAGUAGUCUAUUUCAGUCAAUAGUUUAUAUAUAAUCUAUGUCAUUCUAUAAUUAUCACAAUGGUCUUUGUUUUGAACACGCAAUGUACUGUACUUUGACGUUGAGACAGCUCAAGCCAAAGAGAAUAUUAUUCAUGUUAUGAUGUACAAAACAGUAAUUGCACAGGAGAUAUUUAGUUUUUAUUUCAAGGGUAACAUCAUCUCUGUGUAGUUUACGGGUUAGUGAGAUAUGUCUGUCCUUUAUUUUAGACCAAUGGUGUCCCCCUGAUAUUGUGUCGACAGUUAUUUAACGCAAGCCAAUGUGAAGUACAAAAUCUUCAAUUUGUUGUAAAUGAGAUUGUGUUCUUCAUCAAAUUACCUGGUUAAGUAAGGAUAUAAUGUUAAAUAGAUCUACCGAAUUACCUGAAAUUACUGCUAUUCUGAACAAGGCAGAAUGUUGUCUCCACAAAUAUAUAUAUAUAUUUACCUUAUCUUUGUUUAAACAGGUAAAUCAAGUUUUUAAAUGUUUGUGGUGAGAAACUUUGGAAGUUUCUGCAAGACAGCCUUAUGUACAUACAUCAGCCAUUCUCUGGCCUUUCUAGACUGGGAGUCCCAGUCAAGCAAAGUGUAAAAGAGACAAUGAUGUGUGCAGACGUUUGCACAGGUAAUAAAUUGCAGAGCUGCAUGGUGAGAUAGAUUCUAGAAGUUUCAAUACAGGGGCAGAAGCAUGAAUACAGCACAUAACCAUAGUCAAGCUCUGACAAAUAAGUGGCUUAAUUUUAACAACUUAAUUUCCAUGCUGAGACGACAGUCAGGAUUUGGGACAUAGAGAAUAGCAUUUAAUUUGUAUCUUGCACCACCUACGAUCCACAAUUGAAUUUUUGCAGGAAUUGGAAGUCAGACCGACUUAUGCAAGAGAUCGCAAACCCGUGUCAUUAGCAUAAAAAUAAAAAUGACAGUUAAUCACCUACACCGACAGUAACAACCUUAAAGUGGAAUCCUAUAAAACACCUUCAAUAAUGAAGCGUC